CACAGAGACACGCUCACACACACACACACUCUCAGAGACACACACACAGAGACACGCUCACACACACACACACACACACACAGUCAGAAAUGUCCCACGUUGGCAGAAACGCGGCUUCCUUUUACAACAACAACGGCAGCGGGGGCGAUGGCUGUUACCCCGAGAGUUUGGUGGACCUCGGCUCUUACCUCGAACCGCCCCCCUCCCCCCAAUCCACCAACCUGCACCCCCACAUCACAGAUGACCCCCUGGGCUACUCGACUUCAAAAAACACCUUCCACUACCCACCCCAAGCACACAGCCAGCCCUCGCUGGUGGGAUACCACUACCCGGGGUCCAGCUUCGAGGAUCUGCUGCCCCGCGUGGGGGUCAUAGUGACGGAGGGGGCGCGAGGAGGAGACGGCAAGGGACAGGACGGGGGCAGGGCUGCUCUUGUUGCCCCGCACCAGGGGCAAGUUGGAGGGUAUUUGCCCCAGCAGAGUCAGCUGUACCAGCUGUCUCACUCUCACUGCGCGCAGACGGGAGGCGGUCUCAGCACCUCCACAGGGCCCCCCAGUGUCAGCUCGCAGCUGCGGCUCGUCAGGGCUUCUUCAAUGAAAGACAUGCCCCCCAGCGUCCCCUACUCCCACCCCCAGUGCCCCAAACACAAGAAGGCCCUGAAGAAGGAUUCAGUGGAGUACCGGCUGAGGCGCGAGCGAAACAACAUCGCGGUACGCAAGAGCCGAGACAAAGCCAAGCGCAGGACGCUGGAGACCCAGCAGAGGGCGCUUGAGUUCAUGGCCGAGAACCAGCGGCUGCGGGAGAGAGCGGACAGGCUGAGCCAGCAGCUGGAAACGCUGCGCAACGUCCUCAGAGAGCUCCCCCCGGAGGCCAAGCGCGGUAUUGCGGCCUCGACGCUGUCAGGGAAUUAACUGGAGAGUUCGGGGAUGGGGGGAGGGGAGGGGAGGGGGAGGGACUGUCUGCUUCCAUCUGCUGGCUGAGCAAGGUACUGGCUGCAACUGAGACGUAAGAGUGACUGAAGAGACACCCCUAGUGUUCAAACCGCGCUACUGCAACCCUCAAUACCCGAGCGCGGGCUCCACUGGCGCUCUCUGCUCUGUGUUUGUGGGUAUAUAGCGCCAUCUGCUGGAGCAAAACGAGACAUUACAGCGCUCUUGAAAAAACUCUCUGGGAAACCCCAGAAGCCAAGAAAAGGAGCUGCUGAGACAUCUCGAGGAGUGAUGCAGAGAGAAUAGCGGGCCCGGGUUCGACUAGUGUUUGUCUGCGGUGAGGUGUCCAUCUGCUGGCCGAGCGCGGUACUGCAACUGAGAAGGGAGGCUGACGGUGACACCUAGUGUUCAAACUGCAGUACUGCAACUGUAAAAAACAACAAUAAUAAUAAUAAUAAUAAUAAUAAUAAUAAUAAUAAUAAUAAUAAUAAUAAUCCCAUCACUCAGGACAAAACAACUCUCUUUAAAAAAAAAAAACUCUCCGGAACCCCCACCACCCUGCCCCCCGGAGGCCAAACAAGGCACUGCAACUCCCGUUUCUCUGAAAGCACCAUCUGCAGGACAGUCUGGGUUAUUACAAACAAUAAAAAUAAUCUUGCACACCCCACCCCACCCCCAGAGGAUAAACAGGGUACUGCAACCACUGUGACACCUACAGCAACUGUCAGUGACAUUUACAAUCCCACUGUGUGAUUAAUUAAAAAAAGCUUCUAUUC